AUGACCGUACCUCUACUCGAUGGCGGCAUUGCCGUACGUGCCAACGAUCCAGGAGCCGUUCCAAAGAUACUAGAGAAGCUUCUGAUGUUUAGAAAAUCGUCAAUUACUGAAGGCAACGACGGUCGUCUGGAUAUGCUCGCGUUGGCUAGGGGUCUGGUGGUAGCUUUGGAGACUCCCCGGGAAACAAUGAUCAAACACAACUGGGUGCAGCCGGGCUGUCAUACGGCUAUUACGGCUUGUUACAAUGCAGGUGUGUUCAAAGUACUUGCUGAGAAAGACAGGCCAACAAAGGUCGAUGAGAUUGCGGCCGAGCUCGGAAUUCCUCGCCAAACAUUAGCUCGCAUGAUGAAACACAUCGCAGCUAUGGGCUACAUCAAGGAAACAGGAACUGAUGAGUAUGCACCGACAAACUUCUCCAAAGCGCUAGACAUACCCAUCAUCGGAGAUGGUUACCCUUGCCUUGCUGGUGGAGCCCAUCCAUCCUGCAGCAAGUUCCCAGAGUACCUCAAGGGAAGUAACUACGAACUCACCUCAGAUAUCGAAUCUGGACCAUACCAAUUUGCAUUCAAUACUAAAAUGAGCAUGUUUGAAUACAUGAUUGCUCACCCGCCAUUGGGCCAACAGUUCAAUCAUCACAUGAGUGGAUAUCGGCAAGGUCGACCAAGUUGGAUGGACCGUGACUUUUACCCAGUGAAAGAAAGGCUCGUAAAGGGAAUGGAUGCGUCUAAGGAUGCAGUGAUGCUGGUAGAUGUUGGAGGAGGCCAUGGUCAUGAUAUCGAAGAGUUUAGGCUAAAACAUCCCGAUGCAUCUGGUCGGCUCGUAUUGCAGGACCUUCCCCCUGUCAUUGAUAGCAUCGAGAAUCUACAUCACGAUGUCGAGCGUAUGAAAUACGAUUUCUACACUGAGCAACCCAUCAAAGCGGCUCGAGCAUACUACCUACAUUCAGUGCUCCAUGACUGGCCCGACGACGUAUGCAAGAUUAUCUUGGAUCAGGUUACCGGUGCUAUGAAGCAAGGAUACAGCAAACUCCUGAUCAACGAAAUCAUCAUCCCAGACCAGGGAGCAGACUCCGAGGCCACGGGACUGGACAUGAUGAUGAUGACACUUUUUUCCUCCAAGGAGCGCACAAUGGAAGAGUGGAAACGAUUGUUAGAGUCGCCUGGACUCGAUCUGAAGAUUGUGAAAGUAUGGAGUGUCAAGCACUCACAGGAGAGCUUGAUUGAGUGCGAAUUGGCAUAA